GAGAUGUGUGUGUGUGUGUGUGUGUGUGUGUAUAGUAGAUCUGACUCUCUCUCUCUCUGUAGUCAGUUGGAGAUCAGACAGUGAGAGGAACAGAAGAUGUUGAAGAUGAAGAUGUUUCUGCUGCUGCUGCUGCUGCCUGCAGUCCUGAAUACAGCAUAUGGACAUUCAUUUGCAGUACCAAUACAGUGUAUCUGGAGUAAAGAAGAUAUGAGUGAUAUGGAGUUAAUUGAGCCCUACAUCAUUAAUAAGAUUAAGUAUGCGGAGUAUAACAGCACUCUGGGGAAGUAUACAGGAUACACUGAGACAGGAGUCAGAAACGCAGAGGAAUGGAAUAAAGACACUGCAUUACUGCAGUCACGAAAAGCUGAUGUGGAGAGAUACUGUAAACACAAUGCUCAGCUUUACUACACCGCCAUCUUCAGUAAAACAGUUGAACCUGUGGUUAAGGUGAAGAUGGUGCAGAAGUCAGAAGGUUCUCACGUGGACAAUCUGAUGUGCAGCGCUUACAGUUUUUACCCUCCACACAUUAAAGUCACCUGGAUGAGGAACGGUAAGGAGGUUAAGGCUGAUGUGACGUCCACUGAGGAGAUGCCUGAUGGAGACUGGUACUAUCAGAUCCACUCUCACUUGCAGUACAAACCUGAAUCUGGAGAGGAGAUCUCCUGUGUGGUGGAACACGCCAGCUUCAAAAAACCCAUGAUCUAUAAGUGGGACCCGUCCAUGCCUGAAUCUGAUAAGAGUAAGAUCGCUAUCGGAGCUUCAGGGUUGGUGUUGGGGAUCAUAAUCUCAGCAGCUGGAUUCAUCUACUACAAGAAGAAACACUCAGGACGGAUCCUGGUGCCCACAUAAACACAGGUCUUUACACUGAGAAACACUGGAGUGUUUACUGAAGAGGCUUUAACUGAUAAACAUCUGCUUUAUUCUGAACAUUUUUAACGGAUUUUCAUUAAAACUGAUGUUAAUAAUGUGAUUAUAUAUUUUAUAAAAGCUCAUGAGUAGAAAGUGAUUUAAAUUGAGCCAAUUUCUACAUAGGAAUAAAUACUUUUCAUUAUUAAGUCAAUAGCGCCCCCUACAGUCUGUUAUUACCUUCUCACUGUCUCAGAUUUUGCUCUUUAUUGUCUCAUAUUAACACUGAUCUGUACAUUCCUGCUUUUGUCAGAGGCUUCACAUGUAAUUUUAAUAAUAAGAUCUGGAUUUAUUGUGAUUCUGUAUGAAAGUUGACUCUUAAUAAACUUCUGAUUGUAGAAGAAACUGA